UCUGAUUAUUCUUUUCAUUCACCUUCGUUCUUGUUUCAUUGACGUUUUUCUUGUUUGUAAAUAAUAAACGCUGGAAAUAGUACGCAAUGUGAUAUUACACACAUUCCUCGACCGACUGCACAUUACGUAAACGAUAGCCGUUGCGGUGUAAUUAAUUAAUAGAAGUGAAACAAUCAUAACCUAUUCGCUUGUGUUUUGCUUAGCUCUUGUGGCGAGUGUGAGUGCGAUAUGAGCUGAAUGAUGCCACCGUUUAGAAGGAAGAAGGCGUCCAAGUCAUUCCCAGUCAAGGUUUGCACCUUGGACGCUGAAUUGGAGUUCAAUUUAGAGUGGCGAGCAACAGGAAGAGACCUGUUUGACCUAGUAUGCCGAACUAUUGGUCUGAGAGAAACAUGGUUCUUUGGACUCCAAUUCGAAGACACAAAACACUUUAUAAGUUGGUUGAAAUUGGAUAAGAGGGUGCAAGACCAAUGCGUCUCCCAGAUGCCGGGCACUCCGUUCAUGUUGCUCUGCAAGUUGUACCCUGAAGACGUGGCCGAGGAGCUCAUCCAAGAGGUCACGCAACACCUCCUGUUCCUGCAGGUCAAGCAAGCGAUACUGAGCAUGGACAUCUACUGCCCACCGGAGGCUUCGGUGCUGUUGGCCAGUUACGCUGUUCAGGCUAAGUACGGUGACUACGACGAGAGUGCGUACAAGCCUGGCAUGCUGGCGAGUGAGGACCUGCUUCCACAACGCGUCAUCGACCAGUACCAGAUGACGCCCGAGAUGUGGGAGGACCGUAUCAAGAUCUGGUACGCGGACCACAAAGGCAUGUCGAGAGAUGAGGCCGAGAUGGAGUACCUGAAGAUAGCCCAAGACCUGGACAUGUAUGGGGUUAAUUAUUUUGCCAUAAACAAUAAGAAAGACACGGACCUAUACCUCGGUGUAACAGCUCUAGGGCUGAACAUCUACGAGAAAGACAACAAGCUGACUCCUAAAACGACGUUCCCCUGGUCGGAGAUCAAGCACAUAUCGUUCGACGACAAGAAAUUCGUCAUCAAGUUCGUCGAUAAGUCCGUCACGAACUUUAUAUUCUUCUCGCCUAAAGGCAUGAACAAACUGAUAUUAGACCUGUGCAUCGGCAACCACGACCUGUACAUGCGGCGCCGCAAGCCUGACACCAUGGAGGUGCAGCAGAUGAAGGCGCAGGCCAAGGAAGAGAAGCAGCGUCGACAAAUCGAGCGCAACAAGCUAGCUCGCGAAAAACAAUUAAGAGAGGCGGCGGAGAGAGAAAGAGCCGCUAUGGAGCAACGUCUGCUACAAUAUCAGGAAGAGAUACGGUUGGCAAACGACGCGCUGCGCCGGUCGGAAGAAACAGCGGAGCUCUUAGCGGAGAAGGGUCGCGUAGCGGAGGAAGAAGCGUCACUCCUCGCGCAGAAGGCGGCCGACGCCGAGCGGGAGAACGCGCGUCUGCGGCUCUCCGCUAUCAAGACCGAGGAGGAGAAGGUCCACCUAGAGCGCAAAACCCGCGAAGCGGAGUUCCUCACCGCUCGCUUAGUGGAGGAAUCGGAGAAACGCGCGGCGGAAGCGGAGAGGCUGCGAGCGGAGCUGUUAGCGGCACGCGCUGCGGAGAAGCAGGCUAAGGAGAAGCUACUGAACUUCUUGAGUCGCACGUCUAGUGGGUCGUUACCGCCCGUUAGCGCUGUACAGUCAUCAACGGUCCCCUCCAGUCUGUUCCCAUCGACCUGCUCCCUGCCCGCGGAGCUCGGGGGCGAAGUCCCUAACGGCGCGCCGCCACCGGAGCCCGAGCUAAACGCUUAUCAGCUGGUGCCUGAUGACUCCGACCCGCACAUACAUAGGCUGUCGCUGGAGAUUGAGAAGGAGAGGUGGGAGCACGACUACGGCUCCCGGCGCGGCUCGGCCGACGCGGGCGCGUGCGAGCUACAGGACGACCCGCACAUACACCGCCUGUCGCUAGAGAUCGAGCGCGAGAGAGUGGAAUACCUAGCCAAGUCUAAGCAUCUCCAACAACAACUAGACGAGCUACGCUGCGAGUUCUCAGUACUUCGAGUGGACCAGUCCGUGGCCACACUAGACCGCUUGCACGAGCAGCAGGCGCGGGCGGGAGACAAUAAGUACUCCACGCUGCGCAAGCUCAAGCAGGGCUCCACCAAGACCAGGGUCGCCUUCUACGAGGAGCUGUGAGAUGAUGAAAUCAUCAGGAAAAUGCCAUUUUACAAAGUGCUGCUGCGCACAAAGUGAUCCAAAUGACAAUGAAAUUGACAUUUAUGUUUAGUCAACAAAGUUAGUAUAACGUUAUGUUGCUACCAGUCAUGACUAUUACAAUAGUUAUACUCGUAGCAUGGCCACGAUGACAGGUUAGUAUAUUUUACUUAUUUCUUGUAUACAAUUUACGAUCCCAUCAAAUAUCCUAACCAUACAAUGUAUUGCAUACUUUAGAUUAGAUAGGUCUGUUUCAUAGAUACUUUAAUAUUUAAAACCGUUGCCAAAUUAUAAUGUAAGCGUUUUAAAAAUCAUUAUAUUGAUAUAAAUUGACUUUUACAUUAUUUUAAAAUUGCUCUUGAGAUAAUUAUAGUGAAAUAUUUCAUAUUAAACAGACCUAACUGAUAUUCAAUGGAUAUUCAAGUUCCUACUGAUAUACUGUUGACUUAUUACUUGGUGCCUUAAAAACGAUAUUUUAUUGAACAAAAAUAUUUAAUAAUUUUGAAUGCAUUGUUAUAAAAUGAUAAAUUGUUUCUACGAAAAUGUAAAGAAACAUUCAUGUUUUUUUUUGUUUGAUCUCCAUAAGAAAAUGUUUAUUUUAAUAAAUUGAUCUAAAGUUUUUAUCGAUAUAUUCAUAAUGUUAAAAUUAAUAAUAUUUAAGCAUCCAAAGAUUUUGGUUGACUGAAAAAUUAUGAAAUUAUUAUAUUAUUUAGUAAUUUAUACGCUUUUUAUGUUAACCGUACUUUUGCUAUAACGUAUUCAUGUAUAAUAGUAAUAAUAACAAGAUCUGUAUAGUUAUUUUUGUACCAUAAUUAUAAGCUUUACAUGUAGAGUUGCGCGUAAAUGGAUAGUUUGUCUGUCGAUAGUUAAUCGAAAAUUAGUAACAUUUCGAUAAAAUUUACUGUCAGCAAAUGGGUAGUUGAUAGCACCAAUCAAUGGGCACACUUUAUGAGCUGUUAUAUCGGAAUUUUAUUUCUGAAUGCUGUGCUGUGUAAAAUCACUUAUUUAUUGUUUUAAAAAGCAACCAAAUGGUUUUGGGGUUUCGUUGAGACUUAAAAUGUUUGGUUAAUGGUGUCAACUACCUAAUAGUAUCUAUGUAAAGCGUCAAAUUGUUCGUGACACCCAAAGUAGCCAAGGACUUCGCAACGCAUCUUUGUUACAGUUGGAAUAAGGUUGUGUUGUCAACUUUUUGAUUAUUUUGGGUGUCACGAACUAUAUGACGCUGACUGUAUUAUCGAUCGAUACUAUGCACUAUCGAUGGACAACACUAUUAAAAUUUUGUACAAUGGACCAGUAGUGCAUAGAACGUUUCUGGUUUCUAGAAAUAUUUAUUCAUAAUACAGGCUCUACUCGGAUUAUUUAUAUUUUUAUGUGUAACUAACUGCCCCGGCGAACUUUGUACCGCCAUAAAAUACCCGAUGAUAUUAACACAUCCCUAUAUCAGUACAUAUUUAUCCGCCUGCAUAAUAUUGUAAUUAGCUCUUAUAUAUUUUUGAAUUUGUAAAAUUGCAAUAAAAUAUCUAUGGCGAAAUAAUUUUCCAAUGGUAAUUUAGAGAAGUCACCGAAAUGUGCCUCUAACAGUUCAAAUUUAAUACCAGACCAUUCUUUUAAUGUACCUUUUAGUUUGAUAAGCGACUAAAUAAUACGAAAGUACACAUGUAACGUAGUUUCUCAUGUUUUGUCCCGACAUACUAACUGUACCCUGACUAGAAAGCGUGACGUCUUUUUGAAAAAUCGAUCUUAUUGAAAAAUCUGUAGACAUCGAUUUUAGAAAUAAUAUGUCGUGUAAGAAUAUUUUUUUUACUAUAAAAAUAUUGUUAUAUUGAAACUACGCUUAUUUAGCACUAAGAGAUGGUUCCAAUGGCUACAUGCUUCUAGUCGGGCUAUUAUAAGAUGUUAUUCAAAUUCCUGCAACGAUGUUUACGUAAGAAAUGUGUGUAAGGAAGAAUUCACAAUUAUUAAGCGAUUUUUUUAACAGAAAUUCAACAUUAUUUAACAUUUUCGAAGUCAGAAAUCUGUGUCGAAUAAUAUGCCAAGCACAGAGCGUCUAGCGACUACUCGUGAUGUCACAGUUGUGUUCACUCAAGUCAGUAUUCGUAUACUUAUGUCCUCUCUCACACAGCUCGAGUGCUAUUGUGAGCGAAAGUGAAAAAUGUCAGUUUUCGUCACAAAUCUCAGUAUAUGGGAACACAAGCACAGGUUUUCGCUCGAGGCUAUGUAUAGCUAGGCUUACCACUAUUUAAAAAGAAAGUGUUAUGCCCGUCUCUAAAACAGGAAUUUCAAUCAAUAACAUUUUGAUUUGAAAAUGAGAACAACGGGUCUCUAACGCGAUAUUUAUUAAAGUAGUUAAGUUAGUAACAGUUUGACGUUUCUGCUGUAUUGCCUCAGUUGUGGUCACAAGCAGACUGAUGACUCGCGGCGUCGUUUGAGUGGGUUGAAGAUCUUCGGCUACCCUCAAAUUCGUCGCGUUUCAGAUUCGUUGUUCUUAGUCUCAAAUUGAAUGUAAUGUAACACAAACAUUUAAAUCAUAAAUAAAUAAUGUGAAUUCCACAUGUGCCUGCUUCUCUCAAGAUGUGAUGAAAGUGUUCUAACGUUUACCGCGUAUGUGCCUUGUAUGUAAGAGUUAAGAUGAAUUAUUUUGUAAAUAUAUUUAUAGUACCAUUUUUA